AUGGCUGCUCUUCCCCUCUCUCUGCCGCUGCGCUCUAGCCGACAGGGCGGAUCAGCCUUCAACCUCCCCUCCGACUCUUCAGACACCGAGGACGACGCUCCCCUACCAUUUCCAGCAGCCCUUCCACGAUCCGACUUCUUAGCACCCGAGUUUCAGCCGGCCGAAUAUCUCUCAGCCCUCCCCCAUCGUCACCAGACCCUAGAGGAUCUGCGGUCAGACCUGCGCGAGCGAACGGCGACCAUCAGCAACGAGCUGCUGGAGCUCGUCAACUCAAAUUACACAGCCUUCCUAUCAUUGGGGUCGGAGCUGCGGGGAGGCGACGAAAAGGUAGAAGAUGUCAAGGUUUCCCUUCUUGGGUUCCGUAGAGCCGUCCAAGAAGUAAAGGAAAAGGUUGCCGACCGCAGAAGAGACGCAGAAUCGCUUACGAAUGAGUUGCGAGACGUGCGUUCGGAGAUUGAGCAGGGACGGACGAUGCUGGAACUCUCGGAACGGCUAUCUACUCUAGAGGAGACGCUGGCGUUGGACAGCCUACCAAAGAAGGAAGCUGCCGAGUGGGAGGACGACAGCGAGGACGAUGAAGACAUUGAAGCAGAGGCUGUAGAAGGCUUGAUAGGGAGCCCCCCCUCAAAACUGCUGGCUUCGGCUCGCGAGUGUAGUCAGGUUGGGGCCUUGAUCAGCAAGCUGGAUGAAAGCCAUGCAUUCGUUGCCAAGCUGACAGCGCGACUGACCAAAUGCCGGAAUACACUUUUACUUGACUUGAACAACGCCCUCAAGGAAGCGCGAGCUGCGGGAACGGCUGGUCAAGGCCGAGUUUUGGGCUAUCUCGGCGUCUACCGAGUUCUCGAUGCACAGAGCGACGCCGUCAAGGCUCUUCGAGGAAGAUGA